AUGUUUCGCGCCCGUCGUUAUCGGGUUCUCCUGGUGUUUGCCGCUGCCUUCGUGCUGACCUUCCUCCAUUUCGCCCGGUCGCGCGACUGGAGCGCUACCAUAAUCGAAUCCCCUGAAGUUUACCCUCCCAGCACACCCCCUGCAUCCUUCAAGCCCGCCGAAGACAGCAAGUUUUCUCAACCUCCGCCCGAAUAUGCCCCGCCCGGGGGCUCCAAGCAGCCUGAGAAGCUAGAGGCACCAGCUGUCCCCGGCUCAGCUAAGGGAGAUACUAACAAGGUCACCGGCUCCACUUCUUCCAGCAAUGGAUACGAUCAGUCGUACUCGGCAGGCGCGAAGGAUUCUACUCAAGAAAAAACCGAUAAGAGCCUUACUACCCCCGAGACCGACAAAUUUACCGGCUCAGGCUCGACUACGCUCCUCGAGGAGCAGGACACCGGCGGUCCAGGCCGAGCAAAUAUCAAACCGCAACCUGGCGAGACACAGGAAUUUUGGAGGAAGUUCCCGGAGCGAUUCCCCGUGAACGCAGAUGAUCUGAUUAAGCUGCCGAAGGGGCAGACGAAGUCAAUCCCGAAGAUCCAGGCGAAGUUCAAGGACGAGUCGACUUCUGAGAAGCAGGAGCGCGUCCAGCAAUUGAGCACCGUUAAGGCGGAGUUCAGCCAUGCUUGGGCCGGAUACAAGAAGGUGGCCUUUGGUCAUGAUGAGCUCCGGCCGCUUUCUUCGGCGGUUGAGGAUCCGUUCAAUGGCUGGGGUGCGACGCUUGUUGAUGCACUUGAUACUCUGUGGAUAAUGGAGUUGAAGGAUGAAUUCUCCGAGGCGGUGGACAUGGUCAAAAAGAUUGAUUUUACCACCUCCGCGCGCGAAAAUAUUCCUGUUUUCGAGACUGUUAUCCGCUAUUUAGGUGGCUUGCUGGGCGCUUAUGAUAUCUCUGGACAGCGAUACCCCGUUCUUUUAGAGAAGGCCGAGGAGCUUGCGGGAAUUUUGAUGGGCGCGUUUGACACUCCCAACCGCAUGCCUGUUUUGUACUACCGUUGGACACCUGAACAUGUUGAUCGUCCUCAUCGAGCAUCAGGCAAGGCCGCGCUGGCUGAAAUUGGCUCGCUCUCUUUGGAAUUCACUCGCUUGGCUCAGUUAACCAAGCAAGACAAGUACUACGAUGCCGUUGCUCGCAUCACCAACCAGCUCGAGAACAUGCAAGAUGAGACCACGAUUCCUGGUCUGUGGCCUAUGAUUGUGAAUGCACAGGGAUGUCCCAAGUAUUCAACCCCGGUGCCGCCGAGCCACGGCACCCUUGCGCCUUUGCAAGGGGAGUCCCAUGCCUCGGAGAAGACUCAUGUGGGCAAAACGUCCACUCGGCAGGACAACAUAACCGCUCCCGCAAGUGUGCAGCAUAAGUCGUAUGCUGUACCGACCGACCUGGCAAGCUACUUGAAGCUGGUGUCUCGUGACAUAGAGCUUGGUUUCACUGAAGCAGACGCUGAGCCCGCUCCCUAUGCUAUCUCUCAGCAAAGCAGCAGUAACAGUGACAGUACCAGUUUCACCGAUGCCUCGGAAACCGAAAAUGGCAAGUGUGACAGUGGCUUGAUGCUUCCCACUGCAUCGCGAGACAACAAGUAUACAGUGGGAGGGAUGGCAGACUCAACCUACGAAUACUUGCCCAAGGAGUUCCUUUUACUUGGUGGUGUGAACGACCAGUAUAAAAGCAUGUAUAGCAAGGCGAUUGACGCUAUUCGCAAGAACCUCUUGUUCAAACCUAUGGUCAAGGGCAAGCACGACAUCCGGUUCAUAGCCUCAACAGCUGGCCUAGAGUUCUCUAAGAAGGGGUCUGACGUUUCCUCUCAAUUGAUUUAUGAGGGUCACCACCUUACGUGUUUCGUCGGAGGCAUGGUAGCGCUUGGUGCCAAGGUCUUCGAAAUCGACAGCGAUAUGGACCUUGCAGCAAAGCUCACUGACGGCUGUGUGUGGGCUUACGAAUCGACUACUACAGGAAUCAUGCCCGAGCGGUUCCGUGUUCUUCCAUGUGACAAAGAGCGAUCUUGCGAAUGGGACGAGGCCCGUUACUUAAAAGAAGCACAGAAGUAUAGCCACUUCGCAGCAGAGUCCGACAAGGCUCAAUUCCGGACGGGCGAAAGCGCGUACGGCCAGCGCGUCAAGCUAGCCAAUGAUGCCAAGUCACAAGAAGCUGGCUCUAGUGAGUCAGGUGUUCCCCUGCCUAUGCCUGGCUCCUUGAACCCCCAUGACAGUGGUGCCGGCUUGAAGCGGAAUGGGAUUGCGGCCGUAAGCAGCGUCUCAAGCUUCAGUAGCGCCGUCAGCACGGCCACCGCGCGUCCACGACCUACUGGUGGAGUUGAGCCACGCGCGCCACCCGGCGUCCCCCCAUCUUCGCCUGUUCUUGGCCAGACCCAGUCCGAUCACUCGGAUAGUCCCUUGCCUCCCCCAGGCAUGGUAAGUAUCGCCUCCACCGAGUACCUCCUUCGGCCUGAGGCGAUCGAGUCAGUCUUCAUCAUGUACCGUCUGACGGGCGACGACGCAUGGCGACAGAAGGGCUGGAAAAUGUUCCAGGCCAUCUCAAAAGCCACUCGGACCGACCUGGCCAACGCUGCUAUCCAAGACGUGAUGUCUUCGAAGCCUACGCACAAGGACUCGAUGGAGUCUUUCUGGCUGGCCGAGACCCUAAAGUACUUCUACCUUCUCUUCAGUGACCCUAGUGUGGUGGAUCUGGAUAAAUACGUACUGAACACCGAAGCGCACCCGUUCCUGCGCCCGCUGUAG